GCCAGGUCAAGGAAGUGCAGGAAAACUGCUCACUGUUAAUAUUUUUUGUUAUUUUUAUCAAAUGCAAUUAUGUAAAUCAUGUAAUAUUGUUUUAUCAAGAUGAUAGUGAGAUAACUAUUCCCCCGUAAUGGACAAUUUAAGUGUGCGAGUGAUCGGCAGGACAAAAAACUAGGUGGUGCGUGACAGAAUACCGCAUAGGAUAGAAACUGGAAAUUAAUUAAAUUUAAUCUCAUUCUGCCGUUUAUUUUCUAGUUGUGACCUUCCAUGUCGUAAUAGAAGUAAUUAGGAACGAUACUCUAGUUAUUUUCAUUAAAAAUAAUCGUCAUAACAUUUGACCCAGUUACGUACGGUGGCGUGUGCGUUGACCUAUGGACGUGAAUGCGGACAAGAAGCACGAUGUUAUUUUUAGGAUAUGUACAGCUUUGCAGAUAAUUAAAUAUUUAUAAAUGCCGUUCGCGGUGCCGGAUUGAGAAAUUAACUGCAAAGUUUGCUGCUGCGAUUGUCACUUGGAAUGGUGAUAUUCUGCUGCCAAACCAGUUGUGUAAAAUACAUUGCAUGGGUGCAACAGUGAUACAGUAAUCUGAUGGAGAUAUGCCAAAACAAAAUAAAUAGCCAAAUUUUCUAAAUUAUGACUUCCUUCAUGGGGAUCAAUUUAUGGAUAGAUAUUCAUUCAUAAAAACAGUUUUUAUGAGUUUUUCCCGUAAUAUAAACAAACUGCCAGUUGUGAUUUUACAAUGGAGAUCAGAUUACCUGACUAAAGAAAAUCUAAAUUAUAAGAAAAUAGCUGGAAAUCAUAUCAUCUAUUAGUAGCUAGCCUGAUUGAGAGGCUGUAUGUUGAACGUAGCCCCGAAACGGAAAAAUGAGUUCCGAAUUUGAAUGUUGGUGAACCUUGUUGUACGGAAGCUGCAAUGGUGACUUAGCAUUGAAUAUAAGUAUUAAACAUAAGACAAUAUGGUGUUUAUUGACUGAUUGGGACAACAAUAGAGUGGGAUUUACCUGGGCCUUACGCCCUAAGGCCGGGGUAGCCCUCGGCAGUGAUGAAGAAGCAAAAUGUCCGCACUCUAUCGUUAAUUGUGUGCACAUUUACCUAUUUGCUAGUGGGUGCAGCAGUUUUUGAUGCCUUGGAGUCUACCACUGAACGACACAGAUUUGAGGUGCUGCAAGCAAUCGAAGGCAUUAUAAUAAGAAAAUACAACAUCACGGAAGAGGACUUCCGUGUGAUGGAAACAGUGGUCCUGAAGUCCGAGCCACACAAAGCCGGUCAACAAUGGAAGUUCACCGGGGCCUUCUACUAUGCCACUACCGUGCUUACAACGAUUGGCUACGGUCACUCGACGCCAGCCACGAUCGGCGGCAAGCUGUUCACGAUGUUUUACGCCAUCGUCGGCAUCCCGCUCGGCCUUAUCAUGUUCCAGAGCAUCGGUGAACGGGUUAACAGGCUUAGCAGCGUAAUAAUAAAGUCAAUAAAGAAAGCCAUGGAGUGCGAGCAAAUCAACGCCACCGAGGUGGACCUGAUUUGCGUGGUGACGACGCUGUCUUCGCUGACCAUCGCGGGCGGCGCCGCGGCCUUCUCCAAGUUCGAGGGAUGGAGCUACUUUGACAGUGUUUACUACUGCUUCAUCACAUUGACCACUAUAGGUGAGUCUUUUUUCUCAGCCCUAGGACUAUGA